AUGGAUCUUUCUAAUUUGUCCUCUAAUUUACCGCUGUCUCAGCCGAUAGAUGAUGAUUCGGUCGAGCAGAUUAAUAGAGAGCUCUCGAAUGAGUUCAAACUAGGAGCAAGGUCCAUUGCAGCGCUCUACCGGCUGUCCAACGCCAAAAACUCCUUGUUGAAGGCUAAGGGAUAUCUUAGCUGUUUAGACGACAUACUCAAUCUAAUUGACAACGAUCAGUCGAUCACGACGCUGGAUCAAUUGAAAAUAGCCUUAAUGACCAAAAAGACAGAACUCACAGGAAAGAAAGAUAAACCGCACAAUCCGCAACAGCAACAGGAACCUGUCAAGGAUGAGAUUUCCACCACGGGAGAGAUUCCUGCAGACUACAAAUUCCAUUUCUCCUCAGAUACGCCGUCGCCUCAUUUUCCUCCCUCUAAAUUACCCCUCUCCAUCCAGCACUGUAAUGUCAAACAUAUAAGCCACCACAGCUCCUCACAGCAGCUGACAAACAGGCUGAAUAAACUCAAAGAAAACUUCAAAAAGGCUGUGAAUGAUUCCAACGACGAGGACUCGGAAGACGCAGAACACAGCGAGUCUGACGAGUCCAUGGUUUUAGAAGACUGUCAGAAAAGACGCAGGCUCGAUACCCACGCUGCUAAGAAAAACAUAUCUGAGCAUGACCACAUAUAG